AUGAAACCCAUAUGCUUAAUCUUGGGCCUUUUGGCACUUGUAGCAUGUUUCUCGCCUGGUGAGAGUCAGAGAGGCCCCAGGGGACCAUAUCCACCUCUUCCUCCUCAGCCUUUACCUUGGGACCCAAGAUUUGUUCCACCUCCUCCUCCUCCCCCUUAUGGCCCAGGAAGAAUUCCACCCCCUCCUCCUUUUCCAAACCCUUAUGGCCCAGGGAGAAUUCCACCCCCUCCUCCUUUUCCAAACCCUUACGGUCCAGGGAGAAUUCCACCCCCGCCUCCUUUCCCAAACCCUUAUGGCCCAGGGAGAGUUCCACCACCACCUCCUCCUUUCCCUUAUGACCCAGAUUAUCCAUAUCCACCCUUCCAACCAAGACCUAAUCCAAUUGGACCUGAAGAGGAACAGUACCCUCCAUAUUAUCUUUCCUCCCUUACCACUGCACCCCAAAGACAAGCUACUACAACAAGCACCACUAUGACCACGAAAAACCCCACCACCACCAAAACAGACUCCACCAGCCCAACAACUACUGCUUCUACUACUCAAGAAAAAACCACUGCUUCUACUAAAAAGGGCUUUUUUGAUAAAGUCAUUUCAAUUGUGGGAUGA